CCCCAGCCCCUCCCCUAUCCGAACACCCGCCUCACAUAUAGCACCAGAAAUACAAACCAAACAAACUAACCAACUCCUAGUCGACCAAUAGGCAACAGCUAUUCUAAUGGCCCCCACCACCAUCCCCUCAUUCCGCUCCACCCACGGCCAGGCCUGAGGAUCCCCUCCCCGUCCUCAUGGCUGCGCCCCGCUGGAGCGCCGCCGCCUCCUCCUCCUCCUCCUCCAACUACGACCAGCCCAUUACCUCUCGCCCCUCCUCCUCCGCCGCCGUCACCCUCGUCGAGCCCCCGCGUCGCCGCCGCCCCCGCCGCGUCCUCCGACUCAUCCGCUCCCUCUGCCGCACCCUCCCCGUCUUCACCCCGCGCUGCCACCUCCCCCAAGCCCCUUGCAAGCUGCUCCCCGCGCCCUCCUCCCUCUCCUCCUUCUCCUCCAUGUCCCACCUCCCCUCCGGCCCCUCCGCCGCCGCCUCCCUCGCCGCCGCCUCCCUCGUGACGGGCACCCUCUUCGGCCCCCGGCGAGGCCGCGUCUCCCUCUCCGUCCAGGAGAACUCCCGGUGCCUUCCCUCCUUGGUGGUGGAGCUCGCCCUCCAGACCCACGCCUUCCUCCGCGAGAUGAACUCCGGCACGCUCCGCAUCGCCCUCGAGUGCGAGAAGCGGCCUCCCGACAUGUCCCAGUCGCAUCGCUCGAGACUGCUCCUGCUCGACGAGCCGCUCUGGACUGUGUUCUGCAACGGGAAGAAGCGCGGGUACGGCAUGCGGCGGGAGGCGACCGACGAGGACCUGGCUGUGAUGGAGACGCUGCGAGCGGUGUCGAUGGGAGCCGGGGUUCUGCCGGGGAGGUCCGACGUGGAGGGACCCGACGGGGAGGUAGCCUACAUGCGCUCGGGCUUCGAGCAUGUCAUCGGGAGCCGCGACUCCGAGAAGCUGUACAUGGUCACCCCCGACGGCGGCAACGGCCCUGAGAUCACCAUCUUUUUUGUCAGGAUUUGAUGAUGGAUGAUCGAUCGAUAUAUUCAUGCAAGAAAGCAAACAUUUUGCGAUGGAGAGUUUUCCGGGUCUGAGUUGUUGGUUGGCGGCGGAGGGAGGGCGGUUAGUUUCUUGUUGACGUGGGUUGGUUUACGACGCGGCGUAACGAAAGUUCAAGUACAUAAAUUUCAAUGAGACUUUUUUUACGUGAUCGAUGCUUUCACUUUUGUUUUCGGUAUACGUUGAAACUUAUUGUAACGUUUUUUGAGCAUGGCAUCCACUUUAAUCCACGGCUGCCAGUUUUCAGUCUUUUUGCUUA